UGGCGCCGCGGCUCUGCUGGGAAGGCGCCGCCCGCGCCGGGCAGCUGGAGCCGCAACUCCGGGCGCGGGCUUAGUCGUCCCUUCUGCUGCCGCCGGGCGCGGGCUCAUUCGUCCCCGCGCUCGAGUUCUCCGGCCGCCGGCGUCUCCCGGCCCGGCAGCCGCCGCCGCCGCCGUGCAUUUUUCUGGCACCUGGGCUCCUGAAGACGCAGCGCUGGAGCAGAUGGAUAAUGGAGACUGGGGCUAUAUGAUGACUGACCCAGUCACGUUAAAUGUAGGUGGACACUUGUAUACAACGUCUCUCACCACAUUGACACGUUACCCAGAUUCCAUGCUUGGAGCUAUGUUUGGGGGGGACUUCCCAACAGCUCGAGACCCUCAAGGCAAUUACUUCAUUGAUCGAGAUGGACCUCUUUUCCGAUAUGUCCUCAACUUCUUAAGAACUUCAGAGUUAACCUUACCCCUGGACUUUAAGGAAUUUGACCUGCUUCGGAAAGAGGCAGAUUUUUACCAGAUUGAGCCCCUGAUUCAGUGUCUCAAUGACCCUAAGCCUUUGUAUCCUAUGGAUACUUUUGAAGAAGUUGUGGAGCUCUCUAGUACUCGGAAGCUUUCUAAGUACUCCAACCCAGUGGCUGUCAUCAUAACCCAACUAACCAUCACCACCAAGGUCCAUUCCUUACUAGAAGGCAUCUCAAAUUAUUUUACCAAGUGGAAUAAGCACAUGAUGGACACCAGAGACUGCCAGGUUUCCUUUACUUUUGGACCCUGUGAUUAUCACCAGGAAGUUUCUCUCCGGGUCCACCUGAUGGAAUACAUUACAAAGCAAGGUUUCACAAUCCGCAACACCCGAGUGCAUCACAUGAGUGAGCGGGCCAAUGAGAACACAGUGGAGCACAACUGGACUUUCUGUAGACUGGCCCGGAAGACAGAUGACUGAUCUCCAACCCUGAGAGAAGUUCUUGGAAACUGACUCUCCAGGAAAUGGAAGAGACUUUUUUUUUCUUUAAAUCACAGUGUGGGAUUCUUUUUUAAACAUUAUUUGUAUUUAUUUGAAGACAUUGAGGACCAGAAGAAAGUUUUGUGCAUAGCAGACUCCAUGUUUUGUUCCCUUCACCCUGAGUAUGCAUGUGCCUGUACAGAGUUUCCAGAUACCUUUUUUAUAAAAAGAAUCAUUAUGGUAUAUAAUCUGCCCUUAACAGAGCUUUUUUUAUUACAGUGCUAAAAUGAUUUCUGAUAAAAAGGUCCCUAACUCAGCUAGAAGGCUAAAGAUACAAGCAUGAAAGAAUAAGCAGAGUACUCAUGAUGCCUUUGAGAAAAAUCAAAACAUCAUGUCGGGUGACCUGGUUUUCAAACCAAUAAGAAGUAUUGUAAUAUUAAAGGAAAACUGUUCCAAUCAUUUAAAAGUACUUGUUAAGUACUGCUUUUUACAGUUAUUAUAACUGUUUCUUUCUAUGCAUAUAAAUCAAGCAACCAAAUAUCUGUAGCCAUGGAAAUGUCUGACUAGAAAUAUUUAUAUUGGAUUCUGAAUACAAAAUGUCCCUGUGGUAGAAAUCUUACUUCUUAUG